AUGUCUUUGACUAAAAAUUCUUCCAAUUCCUUCAAGACUUUCAAGCAAUAGGUCAUUAGUGGUCCUUAGCAUGUGAGACUGACAAACUUUAAUUAGUAUAAAGCCUCAAAUACGACACUGGUUCGAAGUCCCAAUUCAUAACUUGCCGAGACUAUUUAGUUAAAUGAACAAAGUCAAAAGAAGAAUCAUAAUUAAACAAUAUUAAAGAUCUUCUCAAAAUAUGUAAAAACCUUCAAAUAUUCCCAGUAAUAUAACAUUAUCAUUGAAUAUUAAUAGGAUUUGAUGUCGAAUAAGGAAUUACAGAAACUUAUUGAAGAUGUUUAAGGAAGUGAGAAGAGCCCUAAAUUCACCUCUUAAAUGCUACUUAGAGGAUAGAAACAGGCAUAGAUGUUUAUGGACAUCGCUAAGUUUGUCAGUCAAAAUGCUGGUCAUCACAUCAUCAGUUAAAACCAAUUUGAAAGUCUUAAAUUCCUAUUUAAUCAUAUUAAGGAAAAAGCGAAGGCAAUUUAUAAUGUCAUGAUAAGCACUGAUGUAUAGCAUUCUAGAGUGGGAUCUUAAUAAAACCUGAACACAGGUAUUGCCUAUACCAAUACGUAAGGCAGUAGUAAUCAAAUUUAUGGUCAGUCGUUAGAAUAGUCUUAAUUCACUUCAAUGACUCCCAUCAAGUUCGAGGGAAAUUAAUCUGCAAAAAAUACUACUCAGCAAACCCCAAACAUCCCUAUGAGUCAUCAUAAAACUGACCAUUAUUUUAUACAGCAGAAAAUAUACAAAAUAGAUGAUGAUGUGAAGGAGAACCAGAAUCCAAUUAGAUUGCCUAAAGUAGCAACUAAGACUCAAGACGAAUAAGCUUUCAUCAAUCUCAAUGAUAGGAGACUGACUCUGCAAUCAACGUUAAAGAAUAACACUGCAUUAAUUAAUGAUUUCAACAGGUCUCCAGAAAUAUUUAACCCAAAGUAGAUGUCGAUGACUGACAACAGAGAUCAUCCAAAUAACUUUUCUAAUAACAAGUUUGAAGAUAAUAUCAAUAUGGCUUUGAAAGUUCUCAAGUCUCCACCUUAGAAUUCCAAUAAAAGCACUAUCAAUAAAGGCUCUUACCAUCUAAAUUAAAAUAUUACAAAUGAAUCAUCAGAUGGAAUUCUUUUCAAUCCUUUGAUAACGUUUAACAAACAACAGCCAACAUAAAUACAGUCCUUUGGUACAUUUUUCAAAAAGAACAAUAGCAUCUGCUAAAAAGGUUAUCACUAGCAAGUGAAAAGUAUGGUGAGCAGCUCUCAUGCUGAGUCUUGUGAUAAGGUAGUGCAGAAUCAGGAAUUUAGAAGCAUAGAGACCUAUCAACUUGGGAUUCACCCAGAUGAUAGCUUGCUUUACCAAACUAAUAAGCAAGACUAUAAUGAUUUGUUCGUCUCAAGACUUCUUAAUGGAGGCGAAUAAUUCACUGAGAGAACAAGCUUGAAGAAGGUGGAUUUGUCAAAAUAAGAACUUACAGAAUUCAUGAAAUUAGAACAUGAAUGCCACGAUGAGCAAAGACUUCGAGAAGUCCACAAUCACAUCUACCCCUCUAUGUUCAAGCUGAAUGAUCAAGCUUUGAUGAGUAGUUAAGGAAGAGACUCAAAAUCUUCUUAGGCUUUUGCUGAUUAGUAGCCUCAGCAAUACUAGCGACUCUAGCCUAAAAAUUUGCCACCAGUGACAAAGCUAGUAAAUCAUAAGCAAAUCGCUAAUGACUAGCAAUUUUUUGUUCCUGAGUCAGGUCCUUGUACACCUGUGCUUUCUAAUAAAUCGAAUGUAAACUUCUUUGAAGGGCUGAGAAUGAAAACUCUUUCUUAGAAGACACAGGAAGUAAGCCAGGAAGAUAAUAAAUACUAUUCGAAGAGCGCUAAGAAUAGCAACAAGAAGACACAGUUUCAGCAGAAUCAAAGAUACCUUAAUACCUUUGUAAAACCUAUGAAGCCAGUAGAAAAGAGAAAGAGCGAGAUUAUCAUGAGUGAAAAAGAAGAUAGGCCUUGCCAGAUUGUGAGAUAGCCAAUGCACAACAGAGUCAAGAGUUUUGAGAAGUAUCUAACCAAGUCAGACAAUACUAGACCAGUAAAGAAAGAGGAACCGAUUGACGGUCAUCAAUUUAAGAUCAGAGAGACAUCAGUUCUGUCUAUCAAGAGUGAAAGUCUAUCCAUCUUAUCAUUGUAGUAGCAGUAAAAACUUAAUCAGAUAAAGCAAGUAUUUGAUAAGUUCAGACGACAGAACUCUGAAAUUACUUUAAAGAAACCAAAGUUUAAAACAUAGAUUAAAAAUCUAAGUGUCUAUUGUAAUAAGCUUUAAGGUAAACUAGUAUAGAAAGAGAUCUUUGCCUAAAUGAGGCUAAGUAUAAUGGAAAAGCAGUUGAAUAUAUAAAGAGGGUUGAUUUAUUUAUUACAGACAAAAGUAGUUGACUAAAUUAAAGCUAAUGAAAAGUAAAGUAAGGCGGAAGCUAUUUACUAACUAAAGCUCAAUUCUGAACAUGUAAAGGAAUUCGAGAACUGCUACUUCAGUAGGCCAUCUAUUUUCUAAGCAGAUACAAACCUGCUGAUACCCUUGAUGCCAUUGUCAAGAGCCUUUAACACAAAAAAGUUCAGUGUAGUUCUUAACAAUUCUUAGUCUAAGGAAUAUGGCUUUGUGUGA